AUUACUAUUUCCCGUCUUUUGCUAAACCCUAUUCCACUCCGAACCCUUUCCUCUCAUUUUCAACUCCGCCACUCCUCGACGCCGUCUCACCGGCCGCUGGACUCUCGGCCUCCCGUAGAAGUCUCAUCCGCCACCUCCAUUUCACACUCACUCUCUCCCAGCAGUCAUAGUUACUUAUCUCUGGUAUCGGCAUUGUUGGUUAGAUCGCGCUGCCGCUCUUUUUCCAAAACUGAUUUUAAAGCCUUCAAAUUCAGGGAUCCGAUAACCUACGAAUUCGCUCUGAAAUCCAAGUCUGCGUGGCAUAAAUGGGGCUUGGAAUCCUCAGAUCCAUUGUUCGACCCCUAACGAGGAUCUCGCGAUCACACCCUUUCUCUUCCCCAACAGCAUUUCCAUCAGCUUUCACUUUCUCUAAACCUGGGUUUCAUCUCCCUUCUACUGGCUCAGUCAGAACUGGAGAUCCUUGGUUCCCAAUUACCAACCAUUUUCACAGUUUGACCGAUACUCGGUUUCCCAAGAGACGACCCAGUUAUAAACCUCGUCGCAGAAGGGCGAGCUUGAAACCCCCUGGGCCAUACGCUUGGGUACCAUAUACCCCUGGCCAACCAAUUCUUCCUAAUCACCCCAACGAAGGAAGUGUGAAGAGAAGAAAUGAGAAGAAACGCAUUAGGUUGCACCGUGCAUUUAUUAUGUCUGAAAGAAGGAAAAGGAAAGCUCAAGUUCAAGAGGCAAACAGGAAGAAACUUGUCAUGAGGGUGGAACGAAAAAUGGCUGCAGUAGCAAGAGAAAGAGCAUGGGCUGUAAGAUUAGCCGAACUUCAAAAGCUUGAAGAAGAAAAGAAAAAAUCCAUGGAAUAGGAAUAGAUUUGUGUGGUCGUGUCUUACUUUUACAUAUAGACUAUGAAGACUCAUAUUUCUCACUCUCAGUAGCUUCGUUUCUGUCUUAAAAUAAACGCAAAUCAAAAUUCUAUUAAUCUUUAUGAGUUGAGCCAUUUUGCAAGUGCAAUAGAUAUGGGCUUCAGCAUUCAUCCAAUGGGGAAGGAACUGGGUUCAUAUGGCUGCUAGGCAAAUGGUACUUGAAGGUUAUAAAGAACGAUCCGUUGACUGCAGGUUAAGAUGUAUAAAUGAAACUGCAACCGACGCAGUGGCUAAAUUUUUUGGUAUUCUCCUUGGCCUAUCUGAGCGGGAAGCGAACUGCAGUGUAAGAAGUAAGGAAGUCCAACUCUUUUGCAUAUAGUAGUUUGAUGCUCUUUUCUCAAACUAAACUAGUAACCUUUUGCUAUGUGGAGACUUAACAUUUCUUUGGAUUGCAUGGAUUCAACUGGCUAUGAUUUGAAAUUGUUCUUUUGGUA